AUGUUCUGGAAGUACCAGAGCCCAAAAAUAAGUGCAAGCUGGGCGGUUGUGGCCUUGGGCUUUGAAACUGCAGCUUCACUUUCUCCUCGUUCUGGAUUGGCUUCAGAUGCAGCUUUGGGGAUUUGGGAUCUGGGUUUGGAAGAAAACCCAGCUAUUGGAUGGGGAGAGAGACAGAGAUUCUGCAAUAAAAAAAACCAACAAGCUCUGGAGAUUGAGGACGAGAUUUUUCACUGGUUUAAAGUGCCCUUUUCGUCCCUUUCAGCUUCAGGUACUUGCUUAGAUAUUUUUCUGUUCUUGCUUAAACCCCCGAACCUUUUCCCGACCCACCCAAAGCCAAAACUUAAAGCUGCGGCUUCAAUACAAAGCCACUCCCUUUUCUUUAUCUUUAGCUGGAAAUCAACCCCUUCAAUUGGCCGAGUUUGGCUUUCUUUAUCUUAUAGCUAUAUUCUCACCAACCAAACAACAGGCUACCUUCAUCUUCUCUCUAGAUAUUCUCUCCAACUAAAGAUGGAAGAUACAGAGACUACCAAUGGUAUGGGAAUCAUGGAUGAGGAGUUUGUUGUAGUUUCAAUGGAUGGUGUUUCAUAUACUGAAAAUGCAGAAGAUAAAGAUUCAAUUUGA